UAAUGAGUUAAAUCUGUCCUGAAUGUACCUGUGUUUAUGUCUCAGCUCCGUGUGGAGACAACAUGUACGAUGAAGACGGAAAAAAGCUUCCUCCCUGUAUCCCCGGAGCCUGGCUCACUCCAGCCAUCAUGGCCUGUUACCUGCUGGUGGCCAACAUCCUGCUGGUCAACCUGCUCAUCGCCGUCUUCAACAACACCUUCUUCGAGGUGAAGUCCAUCUCCAACCAGGUGUGGAAGUUCCAGCGGUAUCAGCUGAUCAUGACGUUCCAUGACCGGCCCAUCCUGCCGCCUCCCCUCAUCGUCUUCCCCCACAUCUACAUCGUUCUGAAGAGGCUGUGCUGCCACUGCAGGCGGAGGCCGGAGGGGGAUCACGAUGACCGCGAGAGACGACUCCAGCUGGUGCUGACUGCAGAUGAGCUGAAGAGUCUCCAUGAGUUUGAGGAGCAGUGUGUGGAGGAAUAUUUCAGAGAGAAAGACGACGAGAAACAGUCAUCCAACAACGAAAGGAUCAGAGUCACAUCUGAGAGGGUGGAGAACAUGUUCAUGCGUCUGGAGGAGGUGAAUGAGAGGGAGCACUCUAUGAAGGCAUCCCUGCAGACGGUGGACCUCCGCCUGGCUCAGCUGGAGGAGUUCUCCGGCCGGAUGAUGAACGCUCUGGAGAAGCUGGCGGGCAUCGACCGGGCCGAGCUUAUCCGGACACGCUCCAGAGGGUCGUCCGUCUGUGAGCCGGCUGCUCUGCUGCGACACGGCAGCGUCAACAGCGCCGACGGCUACAGUCUGUACCGGUACCAGCUGGAUCACGACGACCGGGUCUCUGUGACGGGAGACACAGAGGGAACCGACAAGAAGGCCCAGCUGAGUCCAGAGAGACGAGGAGGAAACACAACAGGUGAGGUGAAGGAGUUUGGUCCGACUCUGGAGGUGAGGGGACACAGGGAGAGGGCUCAGUCCCUCUCCAACGUGGACAUCCUGAUCUCCCCCUGUGAUCCCGUACUCAAACCCCCCCAGACCUGUGUCCCUCUGCCUCAGGCUGACCUGACAGACGCCGAUGUGGAGAAACCAGCUGAGAAAAGCCGUCUGGAGGCAGCAGCAUCCUUCCCUCUGGAGAGGUCAAAGGUCACGCAGUAUUUAUCCUCCUCCACCCUCAGCGGCUCCCCCUCCUCCCACAGGAAGUCCAUCAGCAGCAUCAUCUACAGCUCCUCCCAUCAGGAUCUGACCCCCACCACGACACCCACAGUGAUGGUGGACAGGGACGGAGGGGACGACACCACCCAGGGGGUGGAGGAGCCCAGGGUGUCUGACAGGGAGCAGGGGGGUGAGACAUCGGACAGUAACCAGGGUAACAGAGGGGGGGAGGAGCAGCUGCUGUUGGGGGAGGACAGGAUGUACCCGACACUGCGCUCCAAGAGUCUCAACACUAACCCAAGGAAGACGAGGACAAAGAGGAAGGAGAACGAGGAGACACCACGCUCGGCCAGCAGUGUCAAAGACCUGGUGUCUGUGUUCAGUGGGGGGGCAGAGGAGCCGCGGCCCAGGACCAGGUCCAGAGACUCUGACUGCUGACCGCAGAGACACAAAACCA